GUACGUCAGGUCUUCGUAACGUUCCACCGGGCUCUCGCCGUCAACACACGCUCGCUUCUCUCCGGUUGUGUCUCUCGUUUCUGUCCCAAAACCCGUCAACACUCCACCGGUAAGAGAUGGCCCAGUGCUCCCAGUCCAACGCCGCUGGCUCCGCCGCGAACGCACAGCCGCAGGAGACGAGGAAGGUGGCGCUCAUCACCGGUAUCACCGGACAGGAUGGCUCCUACCUCGCUGAGUUCCUGAUCGAAAAAGGCUACAUGGUUCACGGUAUUUUGCGUCGAUCCAGCUCCUUCAACACUGGUCGCAUUCAGCAUCUUUACAAGGACCCCUGCACACACACUUCAGACAAGAUGGCGCUGCAUUACGGCGACCUGACCGACAGCACGUGUCUGGUGAAGAUCAUCAACGAGGUGAAGCCGACAGAGAUCUACAACCUGGGCGCUCAGAGCCACGUCAAGAUCUCAUUUGACUUGGCCGAGUACACGGCCAACGUGGACGGCGUGGGCACGCUGCGCCUCCUGGACGCCGUAAAGACCUGCGGUCUGACCAAUAGCGUCAGAUUCUACCAGGCCUCCACCAGCGAGCUGUACGGGAAGGUCCUGGAGAUCCCUCAAAAGGAAACCACUCCCUUCUACCCCCGCUCACCUUACGGUGCUGCCAAGCUGUACGCCUACUGGAUCGUGGUGAACUUCCGUGAGGCCUACAACAUGUUCGCCGUCAACGGGAUCCUGUUCAACCACGAGAGCCCGAGGAGAGGUGGGAACUUUGUGACUCGUAAGAUCACCCGCUCUGUGGCGAAGAUUCACCUGGGCUUACAGGAGUUCGUCAGCCUGGGCAACCUGGACUCCAAGAGGGACUGGGGCCACGCCAUCGACUACGUGGAGGCCAUGUGGAUGAUGCUGCAAAUGGACCAGCCAGACGAUUUCGUCAUAUCGACAGGGGAGGUGCACAGUGUGAGGGAGUUUGUGGAGGCGGCCUUCAGACAUGUGGGGAAGACUAUUGUGUGGGAGGGGAAGGAUGAGAAUGAGAUCGGCCGCUGCAAGGAGACGGGGGUGGUGCACGUGAAGGUGGACUCAAAGUUCUUCCGCCCCACUGAAGUGGAAUACCUGCAAGGUGACAGCACCAAAGCGUUUGAGAAGUUUGGUUGGAAGCCGAAAAUCACUUUCAAGGAGCUGGUGACGGAGAUGAUGGCGUCCGACAUUGAGCUGAUGAAGACCAACCCCACAGCCUGAGUGGGGGGGGCUCCGUCCUGCAGCUGUAGCACUCCAGUGUCCUGAGGAACACGCUGAGCUUUUACCUUUCCUGGCUUUUUCCAAAUGAAAUGAUCAAUUUUUUUUUGUAUUCAUGAAGAGGUUUGAUCGAACCGCUCGUGGCCUUUGUCCUGAUUUGUCCUGGUUUGUCCCUCGUCUGUCCCUCGUAUGAAUAUGAUUGAUUUGCUUUUAUCGACACGCAGCAAAGAGGCCUUACAUUCCACUGUAUCAUGUAUAUGUCAGUGUGU